GGCGGAGCGGAGCCGGCCUCGGCGGACUGUGACGGGGGCCGCGGCGGGCAUCGCGGAGCCUGCGGCCGCCCUCGCCUGGAGGAGCCGCCUCCGCGGGGCUGCCACGGCCGGGACACGCCCGGAAUACAUUGUUGUUUUUCUCAGCUCAUGACUUGCCUUCAGCUGAUCAAUUUGAAUUACUGAGUCAGUGUUCCAGGCUUGCUGACAAAUGGAUGACGGCUAUUCUAGAGAGCUUAACAGCAGUGGUGAUAAUUUCGGAGAUGAACAUCUCAAAAAGAGAAAUUCGUCUGGUUCUAAUUCAUCAAAAGAGAUCAGGAAAGCUGUUGAAGAGUGUCUGUCGGCAUCUUCAAGUACUCUUGAUGUCAGCAGAAAAAAUAUUAAGCAUCUUACGGAGGAAAUAUAUAGACUGCCCAACAUAAAGUACUUUCAUCUGGAAGGAAAUGUCAUAUCAACGAUUCCCGAGGAUUUAUUUCAAAAGCUGCCACAUCUUGUUUGGCUGGAUCUCCGGUAUAACAAGAUUAAAGCUCUUCCCCCUGGAAUCGGUUACCACAGGCAAUUGAAAACUCUGCUUUUAGAAAGGAAUCCUAUAAAAGAGCUACCCACAGAGCUUGGAAACUUAACUUCGUUGACAGCCUUGAAUCUGAGACACUGUCCCCUUGAAUUUCCACCUAAAGAUGUCAUACAAAAGGGAUUAAAAUCCAUCCUGUGCUUUCUUCGUGAUUCUGGGAAUGGAAGACUACCCUGUAUGGAGCCAGCCAUGCCAGGAGAAAUGGCACCUGUUGAAAAGCUCCACUUAAGUGAACUGUUGCAGUCCAGUUUUGAUGCGUCAGAGGAGUGGCCUAACGGAGAGGAAAAGCUGAGGUUUCAGAAGCUGAAAGAAGAAAUUAUAAAAUAUGAAAAAGAAGAAUUUCUUGCUGACGAACAUAUACCAAAAAGUACACCGUACGCUGCGUACGACAUCGGUUACUACGCCGUGAAAGAGGGAGCUGAGAAACGCGACCACGCACCUGCAAAAAUGGAAGAAAGGUUGCUGAAAGUAAAAGCAGAAGCUGCAAAGUGA